AUGUUACUAGGUAUUGCUCUAGUUGUUGGUGAUAAGAAAAUUCGAGCUCACAGAAAUUUGCUGAUGAGUCGAAGCCCUGUAUUUUGUGCAAUGAUUAUACAACAGCUGAAAAAAAAUAGAAAAUAUGAAAUGAACAUUUCUGAUAUGGAUCCUGAUAUAUGUGAGAAACUAGUAGAAUUUAUUCAUACGGACAAUGUGACUAAUCUUGAUGAAGUUGCUGAACGUUUAUUUGAAGCGGCAGAUAAAUAUCAGAUACCAACUCUUAAAAAUUUAUGCGAAGAAUCAUUCCGUAAGAACGUGAAUGUUGAAAAUGCCGUUCAAUAUCUUGUUUUACUUGACCGUCAUUAUGCUAAUAAAGAAUGUUUGAAUUAUAUAAUAGAUUUUAUUGUAAUCAAUUCAAAAAUAAUUACCGAAACUGAAGAGUUUAAAGCAUUACUCAACACUUCAGAUCAACAUCAACAGUCAGAUCAACAUCUUGGUAAUUCAAUACCAAAACAGAAACUGGACAUUUUCUGA